AUGAACAUCCACUUUGCCAAUAGGCCCGGUCCUGUGACUGCGAUCAGCAAGCCCUAUUCAGACAUCCCCCAUCCUUCAGGGCCCGACUAUAUCGACCGCCCGAUCAUUACGGAUUGGCUCCAGCAAGAACUCAACAAAUCCCCGAGUCGCGCUGCGCUUGUUGGACUUGGUGGUAUUGGCAAGUCUAAGCUCGCCAUCCGCUACGCCGAACAAGUCUGCAAAGAAUCACCGGAUACAUACAUCUUUUGGGUUAAUUCGGCCACCAAAGACACAUUUGUUCAAGGAUUUCGUCGUAUCUCUGAGAAACUCGGCCUCCCUAACGAGUAUGGUGUUGGCACCGAUAUGCUCAGGCAGGUGUUCAACUGGCUGCGUGAUGGAGAGAAUGGGCCGUGGGUUAUGAUCCUCGACAAUGCGGACGAUUACUUCGUGUUCAGGAAUAAAAGAACCAACAGCGAUGUAACUCCAGCCAUAGACUCGGGGAUGCUUGAUUCGUUCCUGCCGCAAACUGGUAACGGCAGAAUCCUGAUCACAUCCCGCAGUCUAGACACAGCCAGAAUACUAGCGCUUAGCCUUGACAACACUCUGGUGGUUCCAGAAAUGGAAGAGAAUCAGGCGAGAUUGCUCUUCAGAAGAAAGCUCGGUGACCUCGGUGAAAGCGACGAAAUAUCACGAAGGGUUGUUCUCACCCUGAACUGCAUCCCUCUUUGCAUCUCCCAAGCGGCAGCAUACAUCCAAAAUCUACAGCCUCGGAUGACGUGUGCUAAGUACUUGGAGAAGUUCAAUGGCAGGAACUUCGUUUUUCUCAGCAGUCGUGACAGCGAGGGUCGGUACAAUCCGGAUGCUAAAAAUAAGGAAGUGGAGAUCAAGACCUGGCAGAUCACUUUCAAUCAAAUACGCGACGAGCGGCAGUCCGCUGCUGGUCUGUUGUCCUUGAUGAGCUUCUUUCAGCCCCAGGGAAUUCCGGAGUGGGUACUCCAGAAGCACUACAGCGAGAUGGUCAAUGAGAACAGCAGCAUUGAUAUUGGUCACAAUGGCGAGGACGAAUUUGAAAAUGAUUUGACCCUAUUGCGCGACUACUCCCUUGUGACAGUGGCUGAAGACGCAAAAUCGUUUCAGAUGCACAGCCUUGUGCAAUCUUUCACCCGUAGUUGGUUGGAAGCCUCGCAUGAGGAUCACAAAUGGAGGCGCUGCUUUCAGCAACUGAUGAUCAAAAGUUUUCCCGAAGAUUGGCUAGAAAAUUGGAGUGCUUGUGGUGAACUAACGCCACAUAUUGAGCCCUUGGUGAAUACAACUGCUUGUCAGCUGGAAGAUGGAGGCGAAACAAUUCGUUUCUUAGAGCUACUUCGCAAAGUCGGGGGGUAUAAGCAUGCCACGGCUAUGUAUGAGACGGCGUUGAAGAUCUUCACUAAAGCCGAGCAACUGGCUGUACAAAAGCUGGGCGAGGACCACGAACAAGUCUACAAAAUUGCAGCCUCCAAGGCGCCAUCAUUGGGGAACAGCGGGUCCGUGGCUGCGGCGGAAGCAGCUGCCCUUGAAGCAUACAAAGGCUUAACAAGAAUUCUCGGUGUGGACAAUCCAACUACCCGUUAUACAGGCAAGAUAUAUGCUUCAUCCCUGGAGAUGACUGGGAAACUAGAUGAAGCGCAAGCCAUAUAUCUGGAGGUGCUGGAGUCUCAGAAACGUGUCACAAAUUCUGAGUUUAUAGGGUUAGGUGUUACCCUCAUGGGACUUGGAAAUAUUGCUUACAGAACAAGACAUCAUGCAGAAGCGGAGAGACUAUACAGCCUGGCAUACCAGUCCGGAUUUUAUUCAAACGGCUUGACAUCUCCGUUCACAAUCACCAGUCUGGGUAGAGUUGCGCUUGUUUUAGUAGCACAAGAAAAAUGGGCAGAGGCGGAACCUAUCAUCGAUGAAGCGGUGGAGCAACAUAUCGAGGUAAUGGGUCCAGAUCAUCCGAAUACACUUGAGGCUCGUAGUCUUCAAGCUAGCAAGUUGGUCUAUCAAAAGCGGUUCAGGGAGGCCGAAGACAUGCUAUGCAGAGUGUUAGAGGCCAAGAGGAAAGUACUCGGUCCUGAGCACCCUUCAACAAUUAGUACUCUCAUGCUGUAUAGGGACGUUUUGACACGUCAAGGGAAAUGAGAAGAGGGGGGAGGAAUCGGACGAAAUCAUUCGGAAAUGCAGAGAAGACUUCUAGAUCCUGAGCACCCUGAUCACUCACGUCACUCUCCGCACUUGCGAGAAUGACGUACAAGUGUGAUCGUAGUGCAGAGGCUGAGAUUAUCUUUCGUCAAAUAUGGAAGUCACGGAAGCAGGUGUUAGGGCCAAAGCACCCCGAUACACUUGACAGCUUGGAAUGGGUUGAAAACCUGAUUCCGAAACUUGGGCAAUUCGAGGAAGCAGACGAGAUUCUUCAUCAAGUGUUGGAACUACAGAAGCGGGUACUAGGCCCAUAGCACCCUAAAAUUUUUAAUACCCUUAGUCGCCUUAGAUUUGUUACCAGCCGUCUAUCGCGCGAAGAAGAGGCAGAGAGAGUCUAGUAUGAACGAUGGCAGCUGGCGCAGAGAAUUCAUGACCCUACACAUCCCGUAUCACUCAAGUAUCACCUUCGUUUGGGCUCCUGGUUUGCGAGCCGCGCUCGCUAUGGGGAAGCGGAGGAGACCUUUCGACAGGUCAUUGAAUUG